CCAGCGUAUUUUCUAUUUUGUUACGCUUGCGGGGCCGCGAAUGAAAGUGGCUUGUAAAACAGUGGCUUUCGCUGCUUUUCAUUUUCCUAUCUGCUUCUCUUCUUCUUCUCUACAGUAGCGUAGCGUAUUGGAUGUGCAGGGUAGAAACCCUAAUUUACAGGUGUAGCGAGAGGUUGAAGAAGACCGUUGGGUUUGGUGCCAACAGUCAACUACUUAAUUGCGCUCUCCACAGAGCAAUUACAGCCAUUGAGCCGUUGCAGAGUGUUUCGUGUCUGAUCUCGUUUCCCUUCAAUUCUCGCCAAUUGCAGCGAGGUGAUGAUCGCUUUGUUCGCUUCCACUUCAAUUCGAGUUGAAGAUGCUUCAUCGUCAGGCACUUAUCGGAUUUAUCAUCGCACUUUUGGUUGCCUCUUCAACCAAAGCUGAUGAGUCCGGUCAAUGCUCUCGAACCUGUGGAUCCAAUGAAGGGAAUCAGACUCGCGUUCCAUUCCCCUUCGGGUUCUCUGCAGGAUGCUCAAUCCGUCUGAAUUGCAGCAAGAGCGGCAAAGUCAGCAUCGGUCGAUAUCAAGUCCAAAAUGUCACCACGGACAGUAUACUGAUCAAUCUUCCACCGAAAUGCAACCGGAGCGUUGAGGAAAUCGAUCCAUUCUUCGGCGACAACUACGCUCCGACUUGGCAGAACAGCUUCAUGUUUCAGAACUGUUUAUCGCCUGAUCAAAGUUGCUUGAUACCGACGAGCAUGGUGGAGGCUCGGUUCCGGUUGCCCGAUUGUGGAUUACGGAACAAGAGCUUCCAAUGUUACUCUGCGGUGGUUGGAAAUUCGGAGCUCAUGACUCGCAAGAAUCUGAGCCAGACCGGUUGUCAAUUCUUGUUCACUUCGAUCGUUAUGGACGCCGGCAAUAACUCUGAUAAGAAUUCGAAUCAGAAUCCGGCGGUUGCGCUUCAAUUUCAGGUGGCGGAGCUGGGGUGGUGGUUGCACGGGAGGUGCAAUUGUUCGCAGCAAGCGGAGUGCAUAAAACUGGCGCCUCCGAACGGUCGCCCGGGUUUCCGAUGCCGGUGUAAGACGGGAUUCGAGGGAGACGGGUUUAACCUUGCCCUUGCCGGCGCCGGCGGUUGCCGGAAAGCAGCUCCCCAUUGCAGCGCUUCAAGGUACAUGUCUGGCAAAUGUGGAGGAAGAACUAGAGUCGGUGUUCUCAUUGCAGGUAUUAUUGUUGGAGCUAUUUUGAUGGCUGGUCUAGCUCUUAUCUGCUACUGCAUCCAACGCCGGUCACGUUCUUUAAGAACCCAAAUGAGCGCAAAGCGCCUCCUCUGUGAAGCAGCAGGCAGCUCCAGUGUUCCAUUCAUUUCCUAUAGAGACAUUGAGAGAGCCACUAAUAGCUUCUCGGAGAAACAAAGGUUGGGGACAGGAGCCUAUGGUACCGUUUAUGCAGGAAAACUCCACAGUGAUGAAUGGGUGGCUAUUAAAAAGAUUAGACACCGAGAUGCUGAUGGUAUAGAACAAGUCAUGAACGAAAUCAAGCUCCUGUCAUCUGUGAGUCAUCCGAACCUUGUCCGCCUCUUAGGUUGCUGCAUAGAGAAUGGUGAACAGAUUCUUGUCUACGAAUUCAUGCCCAAUGGAACUCUAUCUCAGCAUCUGCAAAGGGAAAGGGGUACAGGCCUUCCAUGGACUAUACGCCUCACCAUUGCCACCGAAACUGCUCGUGCUAUUGCCUAUCUCCACUCUGCCAUGAAUCCCCCAAUAUACCAUAGAGAUAUCAAGUCCAGUAACAUACUCUUGGACUACAACUACAACUCCAAGGUAGCUGAUUUUGGCCUUUCAAGGCUUGGCAUGCCUGAUGAUUCCCACGUCUCAACAGCCCCGCAAGGGACUCCAGGCUACGUCGAUCCUCAGUACCAUCAAAAUUUCCAUCUGUCUGAUAAAAGUGACGUCUACAGCUUCGGAGUCGUUCUUGUCGAGAUCAUAACCGCAAUGAAAGUGGUUGAUUUCUCUCGAUCUCACACUGAGGUGAACUUAGCUGCACUUGCAAUUGACAGGAUUGGAAAGGGUCGCCUGGAUGAGAUAAUAGAUCCAUUGCUUGAGCCAACUAGAGAUGCUUGGACUCUUUCAUCCAUUCACAAGAUGGCCGAACUGGCAUUUCGAUGCCUUGCUUUCCACAGGGAGAUGAGACCCUCCAUGAUGGAAGUGGCAGAUGAGUUAGAACAGAUCAGGCUCAGUGGGUGGGCACCCGUGGAGGAGAACAUAUGCAUGGCAUCGUCUUGCUCAUCGCCGUACAAUGGAAGUGAGAGGUCAUUCGGUGGCAUGUCUGCUCGGACGGUUGGGGCCGGGGCCGGAGUCGGGAGCAGGAGAUUGGUCGUCCCACAAAGGGCUACUGCCGAUUCUCUGACUUCACUGGAGGAGGUGAAGGACAGCUCCCCUGUUUCUGUGCAGGACCCUUGGCCAAGCGAACAUAGCUCACCUUCAGCAAACAGCUUGCUGGGUAAUGUGGCUAAGUGAGCUAUAAAAACCUUUCUUCUUCAGCUUCGUCUCUCUUUGUGAAUAUCGAAAUAGAGAUGUGUUACAGUUUUGUGUUUCUUAUUUCUAUUUUUUUUCAUAAUUCUUUGUGAAAUAUACCGGAGGAUGUAGAAAGAUUUGCUACAAAGUGCGACCCCCUUUCUCCCUAUUAUAUAUCUAUCUGUGUAUGCCCCUUGACUAUCAUGAUCAACAAAUGCAUUCAGUAAUUGACUGAUUAAGUUUUUCUCUUAUUAAGGUA